ACAGAGCAGACUGAGGCGCCCGACUACGUGACUCUCGUCAGCAACGACGGCUUCGAGUUUGUUGUGCAAAGAAAAUCGGCCUGUCUCUCUGGCGCCAUCAAGAGGAUGCUUGANCCCGAACAGUGCCUUGCAGAUGGCUUCGCAGAGUCCAAGACGCACAAGUGUGUCUUUGAGAACAUCAACGGUAUGGUGCUCGAGAAGGUGUGCGAGUACUUCUAUUACAAUGAGAAGAAUCGCGACUCGACCGGUGUCGCCGACCUGGACAUUCCGCCUGAGCUCUGUCUUGAGUUGCUCAUGGCGGCUGACUANCUGAAUGGUGUGUACUCU